GUACUAUUAUUAUUUUUAUUUCUCAUAGUUACAUAAAUUAAUAUUACAAUAUUAUAAAAUACCGCAAUUUAAUACUAUAAUGAAAUUUAAUACUAUGGUAAUCAAAUAUACUCCCCGACUUUUGUGGCGAUUACGCUCAUCAUUAAGCACAAAUUCAAUGGCAGUAAUCUCUAAUUACAAUGAGCAGCUUAUUAAGAAGACAGGGCAAAAGCAGACAGAGUACCAAAAUGAUAAAAUAAAUAUGGAAUAUCAUCAAAUAUUCAAUGAAUUAAAAACAAAAUUGUGUAAUGGUUUACAAGAGAAACCCUUAUUUAUCGAUAAAAUUCAGAAGGCACAAGAUAUAGAUGAACUAAUACAAAUUAUGCAAAACGGGGAUCAAUUUUCAAUAUCCCAAAUUGAUCUAUUAAAUGCUUUAAAAAUAAUCAUGGAAUGGUCUUUGAAUAUGUUUGGAAAUAAAGUAAAAAAUUUGAAUUUCAAAGAUACCGACAGUAAAAGUAAUAUAAAUAACCUAGCACAAAUGGUUAAAAACUUGCAACAUGAUUUAAAACAUACUUUGCCUCACAAUAAAUUUUCAACACCUCAAAUAAUCCAGGAAAUACAUAAAUUAGCAAGAGGACGCACGAGAAAUGUACAACUUUUAAAUACCUAUUUUCAAAACAUUAUUAACAAUCAUAAAUAUCUAAGCAUAACAUCAUGUUCAACUCUGUUAUAUUGUAUGGGCUGUCUGUCUUAUUCUGAUGAGAGAUUACUUAAGAAUAUUACAGAACACAUCACAAGCCAUACAGAUAUAAGUAGUAAAGCAUGUAAGUCUAUAUUAAAAUCUAUGGCUACUAUUAGAUAUAAAAAUGAUAGAUGUUUAGAACAUAUAUGUAAGCAAAUUUUUGAUGGAAAAAUAAAAUGUGACUCUAACGAAAUUGUAAAUAUUUUACAAUCAUUUGCAAUGUUAGAUUAUUAUUCUACAUAUGUACAAAAAAUAAUAAAGGAAUAUAUACCAUAUGAUAAAUUUGUGAAUUUAACAUCCAAUAAUAAAUUAAGUUUUACAUGGUCCUGUACUAUAUUCAAAGUAUUGGAAGACUCAUUUGCUAAAUCUGUGUUAAAUGAAAACUUUGUUUCAAUGCUAGUAGGUCAAGGCGAAAAAGAAAAUAUAACCAACAAAUUGAAGUUACUAAAUAUCAAUGCAUAUGCAAAAUAUAUGCUCAAAAAUUAUUCUGGUCCUUUCCUUGUUAAUGAACAGUGUCCAAUUAUUAAAACUAAAUAUCUAGCUAAACAAUCAUAUCUUAACAUACUUGAAUCUACACUGAAACAUAUAUUGCCAUCUGUAUUUCAUUUUAAAAUGAAUGUAGAUACCAAAAUGGGUUUUUAUAUAGAUGCUGAACUUGGCGUGAAUUCCAACUUUAAUUUUGUUGAUAUACGUAAUAUUGAAGAUAAUCAAAAGUUUACUAAGAUAGCUAUAUUAAUAGUUGAUUAUCAUCAUACAUACCUGGGACAAACACGUUUUAUUGCAUUAAUUCAAUUAUACUGUAAUUUAUUAAAAUGUAGAAACUAUAUAGUAGUAUGCCUUCCUUACCAAUAUUUGAGUUUAGAGGAUAAAAUAGAAAAGAAUAUAAAUUAUUUACAAACAGAAUUGUUACAGACAUUGAAAAAAGAAUUAAAACCAAUUAGUUCUAAAAUAUAG